CUGCUCAAAUCACCAUCACCAUUCACUCUCGCUUCCACAAUCAGUAGCAGACCUUGUUUUCCGAAAAUUGACUCGAUUAGCCCUCGCAUCAAAAUUUCUGAGUUCACUUCAUUUUUUCUCAAUAUUUUUCCAUUGAAUUUGGUUAUUUGAUUCAAUAAUUUGAAGGGGAUAUCCCGCAUCAGCUCAUCCGCCUGCGAAUUGAGGUUGAUCCAGAAUGGCCUUGGUAACGACUGCUGAAGUUUGUGAUGCUAAUCCACAGCUUAUCGUGAGUGGUGAGCUCCGAGCACUUCAGCCAAUUUUCCAGAUAUACGGCAGGCGCCAAGUCUUCUCUGGCCCCGUCGUUACUCUUAAAGUGUUUGAAGAUAAUGUUUUGAUACGUGAAUUUCUUGAAGAGAAGGGCAAUGGAAGAGUUCUGGUUGUUGAUGGGGGUGGUAGUUUAAGAUGUGCAAUAUUGGGAGGCAACCCAGUUGUUCAAGCUCAGAACAAUGGGUGGGCUGGUAUUAUAGUUAAUGGCUGUGUAAGGGAUGUGGAUGAAAUCAAUGGUUGUGACAUUGGUGUGAGAGCUCUGGCUUCACACCCAGUCAAAGCGAACAAGAAGGGGAUCGGAGAAAAACACGUACCAAUAACUAUUGCUGGGACCAGAAUAUGCGAUGGAGAAUGGCUUUAUGCAGAUACAGAUGGUAUUCUGGUUUCCAAGACAGAGCUGUCCGUCUGAAAAUAUAAUUUUUGAUGUAUUCACAGAAUUAAAAUACUCGCAACUAGGCUGCUUUUAUCUGCUACUGGGUGUAGGUUGAACCGAUGUGCUAUGUUUGCUGCCAUUUCUGUAUUUUACCACUUUCAGUCCAUAUGGAACUUAAGACAAGACCCUAUUCUGUUCUAUUAUGGACAGUAACCACGAAGGUUCUUUAUAUAUGCUGAGAGAUAAACAUGUAACAAGUUGAAGACA